UAGGUUAAGUUUAUGUUUACAUUCAACAUCUGAAACUGCCGCCCCUGACUUUGCCGCCGCUAGCUUUUUGAAUUUAGACUGUCACCCGUUUUUAUUUUUAUGACUCUCUUAACUGUCUCAAAGAAUUUUAGGAGACGCUCUGAAGACCUUUCUUAAGUACUUUCAUUAAUAGCCAAAUGCAUCCAAUCCAAUUACUGUUGCAUCUGCCCGCCGUACUCAAAACAAUCUAUGUAGUUAUGACUAAAACUAGAAAAUUAUAGAUCACAUCAUUUACUACCUUUCUGCGGAGAAUGGAAUCACUUCAUAAUAGUACAAAAUCCAAGGAGCUGAAAGAUUCUGAGGAGGAAGAACUACAGCAUGUGGAAAAUGAGCUUGCUAUUGUGGAAGCUAAAUUAAGGUCUUUGAUAGCAAAGAAGAAUAGUCUCCUAAGGCGGAAGGAAGACCUGAAAGAUAUUUGUGCCUUGAAACGAAGCAAAUCUCAAACCAAAGAAGAGGAUUGGAACCAUGAAGGGUUUGAAUGGUCAUCCAAAUUACGCGCCAUCUUAAAAUCGACUUUCCUAAUAAGUAAAUUUCGACCGUAUCAACUAUCACCGAUCAAUAUCACCCUCGCCAAAAAAGACUGCAUACUUAUCAUGCCUACUGGUGGAGGAAAAUCUCUUUGCUUUCAACUACCGGCUCUUAUUGAAGAUGGUUUCACCCUUGUCAUCUCACCAAUGAUUUCAUUGAUGGAAGAUCAAAUAAUGCAUCUGAAUAAAUUAGGAGUGAAAGCUGAAAUGAUUUCAUCAGAGACGAAUCUUAAAGCAUCGAAUGGAAUUUUUCAAGGAAUGGUAGAAUCAAAAUCGUCCCUCAAGCUGCUGUACGUGGCCCCUGAGAGACUUGCCAAGAGCAAGAAGUUCAUGAGCAAACUGCAAAAAGCACACGAGUUGGGGAGAUUGUCAAGGAUUGCAAUCGAUGAAGUCCACUGCUGCUCAACGUGGGGUCAUGAUUUUAGGCCAGAUUAUCAGUUUUUGUCCGUUUUGAAAGACAUGUUCCCAGAGGUGCCAAUAUUGGGCCUAACAGCAACUGCAACAACUAAAGUGAUCAUUGAUGUUCAAAAAAUGUUGAGUAUUCCAGGAUGUAUGGUUAUCAAAGCCUCUUUCAAUCGUCCAAAUCUUUAUUACGAGGUGCGAAUCAAACCUACAGCCCAGAAAGAAUGCAUAGAUGAGUUGGAGUAUUUAUUGAAAAAUACUUUUAAAAAUCAAUCCGGUAUUAUUUACACAACGUCCAUCAAAGACUGCGAAGAUUUACGAAAAGAACUGAGAGCUCGCAAUUUACAAGUUAGUGGUUAUCAUGCCAGGCUGGAACCUGAGAUUCGUUCAAAAGUUCACCAGAAAUGGCUGACAGGAGAAUAUCAAGCAGUUGUGGCAACCAUAGCUUUUGGUCUCGGCAUUGACAAACCUAACGUUCGUUUUGUCAUCCAUCAUUGUCUAUCAAAAUCCAUGGAAAACUUUUAUCAGGAAAGUGGAAGAGCAGGAAGAGAUGGGCAACGAGCACAUUGUAUUCUCUAUUAUAGGCUUCAAGAUGUUUUUAAAUUAAGCACAAUGGUCUUCUCCACGCAGACUGGCCUGGAAAAUUUAUACUCUAUCGUUAAAUACUGCCUCGAACCAAGUCGGUGUCGGCGUUCAAUUAUUGCAUCCCAUUUUGAUGAAGUUUGGGACUACUCAGACUGCGAUAAAAUGUGCGACAAUUGCAAGAAAUCUAGACAAAGCACCGAUAUGGACAUAACUCCCCACUGUUUAACCAUUUUGAAAAUAAUAGAAACAGCAAUUAAUGAAGACACAAAAUUAACUGCUCAAAUGAUUCUCGACAUCUGGUUUGGGAAGAACAAUAAAAUAAAGUGCAAAGUAGCAACUCCUAAAUUUCCUCGCGAAAAAGCGGAGAAUAUUUUAGCAACAUUACUUAUCAAAGGAAUUCUUAAAGAGGAUUUCCAUUUCACACCGUAUUCUACAAUUAGUUACAUGAAAGCAGGUCCAAAACACGCAUCAGUAUUACACCGAGGAGAAAAAGUCACCAUGCCCAUCAAAGGGAUUUCAUCUGAGUCAACUUCCUCACAAAAUGACAAAAAUGACAGGGUACCAGAUUCUUUUGCUUCAAAAAGCAACAGUGGUUCUCAUACCCAAUCCAAAAAUAAACCUGAUAACGCAACCGGUGUCUCCACUAAGCGAUCAGGGGGAGUGGCGUGUAAUGAAAAUGUUAUCAAACCUAAGAAGUCAAGAAUCAUUAUUGUUUCCAGUGAUUCAGAGUGACUGUUGUUUUAAUCAGUUACAAGAUAAGGACCUACUUUACUAAAAUUUAGUGGAGAACCAAGUUAUAGUUUCUUCCCCAUCAAUAAUUGUACGCAAAGUAUUUGAAUUAUAUGAAAAAGUUAGCAUCACCUUACAAAAAUGUCUGUGAUAAUUUCUGUAGAUUAUUUUGUAUCUAAUAAAAAAAUUAGCUAAGUU